UGCAUAACCUCAAUCAACAACUAUGACAUUCCGAUAUGCCAUUUAUUUUCUUAUUCAUUCGUGUUUUUUGUUAUUGCUGGGUAGUGCAAAUGACUCCUGUAUUAAAAACGAGAAAAAUAACUGUUCUGAAAAGACAGUUAACAAAUAUGCUAAAGAUGUUAAUAUGAAGUUUAAGAAGUAUUACAGCCUUAUAGAGGAGGCUAAAGAGGGUUAUAAACCUUGUAAUGCAACUAAAUGUGGUUGUUAUACAAAUGUAAUAAAAAACGACUUGACUGUUUUUAAGAAGAAUGGUAUAUCGGAGAGGGAUAUACAAAAUAUACAAUCAAAGGGCACAAAAUACCAAAUAAUUGACAAUAAACUCUUCAGAGAAAAAAACUGUAUGUUCCCUUCAAGAUGUUCAGGUAUAGAGCAUUUUUUACUUGAGUUAAUACCAACAUUGCCCGACAUGGAUUUAAUUAUAAACACUAGAGAUUGGCCUCAGGUUCCAAAACAAUACGGCGUUUUCGGGCCGGUUUUUUCAUUCUCAAAGACCUCCGAUUAUCAUGACAUCAUGUACCCUGCAUGGGCUUUUUGGGAGGGGGGUCCAGCUAUAAGUUUGUAUCCCAGGGGAAUUGGUAGGUGGGAUAGUCAUAGAAAAAUGUUGGGAAAGUUGGGGAAUAGAACUGAUUGGGAUGAUAAAGUUCCCAAAGGGUUUUUUAGAGGAUCUAGAACUAGCUCUGAGAGAGAUUCCUUGGUUUAUUUAUCUAGAGAAAAGCCAGAUUUAGUGGAUGCACAAUACACCAAAAAUCAAGCAUGGAAGUCGGAUGCAGACACCUUACACAUGCCACCAGCUGCUGAGGUGUCUUUCGAAGACCAUUGUAAGUACAAAUACCUCUUCAAUUUUAGAGGUGUGGCUGCUAGUUUUCGCCUAAAACACAUCUUGCUGUGCAAAUCGGUGGUUUUUCAUGUUGGCAACGAAUGGCAGGAAUUUUUCUACGACUCUCUCAAACCCUGGAUUCACUACGUCCCCAUCGAAACGAACGCUUCUAAAGAGAAAAUCAAAGAAAUUCUUGAAUUUAUCAUCGAAAAUAACGAUAUCGCCAAAGAAAUUGCCGAGAAUGGGUAUAAUAUGAUAUGGGAUAAUUUAAAGUUGGGUGAUGUUAGCUGUUAUUGGAGAAAACUGCUUAGAAGCUACGCAAAAGUUUUAACUUAUAAACCAGAGCUGGAUAAAAAUCUAAUUGAGAUUAAAAAACGUUAAAACAAUAUGGUCAAAAGUUUAGUGUUGCAUGAUUGUAUGUUGUAUAUUAUUUAUCAAAAUUAAAUUAUUCCAUAUCCAAUUAUACAUAUACAAAAUGGCGAAAUACUUUAAGGGCCACAGGGGUUUAUAAAUAUAAAUUAGUAUUACAAAGAAAAAGGAACAAAUGAGUCUAAUAAUAAUGACAAUAAUUAAAUUAAGGACAAUAAUAUUUAUAAAUGUAAGGAAUAUACAAAAUAUUUACCUACAUUUAGUUUUUGUGAUAUUAGUUGCA